AUGACUGCCUACCACCCUAUGGCCAAUGGUGUAGUCGAGAGGUUUCAUCGCCAGCUCAAGGCCGCCUUCCGAGCCUACCUGUUGGGUGAGCCGUGGACUGAGAUGCUCCCUCUCGUCCUACUGGGCAUACGCUCGGCGCUCAUGGAGGACCUCGCGUGUACGGUUUCCGAACUGGUUUACGGCACAACCCUGCGUCUCCCCGGCGAUUUCUUUCCACCGACCGAUCGACCUCCGCCAGAUUACACAACCUACGCUCUUCGCCUCAAGACGCUGAUGAACAGUCUUUCUCCUACUCCGUCCCGCGCUGCUGAACCUAAGUCUCCGUUCGUGCCUCCCGACCUCGAUACUGCCACACAUGUAUUCCUGCGGCACGACGCAGUGCGCAAGCCGUUACAGCCCCCCUACGACGGCCCCUUCAGAGUUUUGUCACGCUCCGACAGCCACUUCACGGUGCAGCUUCCCAAUCGGCAGGAGGUUGUCGCCAAAGCACGCCUGAAACCCGCUUAUCUGGAGUCCGGCACAACGCCUGCCCCUCCUGCACCUGCGUCGCUCAACACAAUGCCUCCAUCACGGCGGUCCCAGCCCCGUCGACGCCAUGUAGACUGGGCGCUUCCGCUUUCCCGGGAACGGGCUCAUUGUAGCGGUGACGACGACGACGGCGGUGCGCUCUGCCCUUCGCGCGCCGAUAUUCUGGGUGCCCUGUCUUGUCUGCAGCGGGUCGUUUCCCCGCAGCGCUCCAGAAUAAGGUACGAUGUCACUGCCACAAUACAUUUCAUAUACAGGGUGGUCCACCAACCAUGA